AUGAUACAUUCUACUUUGCAGGAGUGUAAUAAUCUUCAGACGAUACAAAUUAAUUAUUUACUAACAGGACACACAUAUAUGCCUGUUGACAGUGUACACGCCGUUAUAGAGAGAGACAACCUUAAAAAAACUAUAAUUCAUGCGCCUUCGCAAUGGUACACUGUAUUUGCUACGGCAAGAAAAGAACCUUUUCCGUAUGAAGUUGAAGCAAUGACUUUUGAAAGUUUUAAUAGAUGGGACGUCGUUGGUGAUAAAUACUUCAAAGGGAAUUUGGAGUUCGGCGUGACUGUCAAGAAAAAUAAGCCUUCCAUGAUUUCUAUCAAAGACUCCAUGAACGUUAAUGCAAAAUCGUAUAAUGUCGAAGUUCAAUCCAAAACCAAAGGUCCACUGAUGCCUUGCUACCGAUCACGACUGCCAAUCGCAGAGGCCAAAUAUAAUGAUCUCAUGAAACUUUGUAAAGAUAAAGUAAUACCUGCUCCAUUCCAUCACGAAUACUCCAUUAUCCCAAAAGCUACUAAUGCAAAAGAUACCUUGCCUGAAUCAGAUAUAGAAGAUGAUGAAUAA